GGAAUCAAACGCAAAAGGAACGAUAGUAGAUGCAAUGCGAUGAUACUGGUUACAUUAUCUUCAUCUCCUUUCCGGUCAAAACUCUCACCCUCACAACUCAACCCAACAAAGGCUUGUCAAUGGCAAAUGAAAAAAAUAACAACAACAACAACAACAACAAUGUUGAACAAUCCACCAAAAGCAAUAAUCUCCCAAAAGUAUUCAUUCACGGUCCACCCCAAUUCUCAAUAGUCCUCCAACCAAAUCCUUCACAAAACUUCCAUAUCUUAAACCCUUCAUCCCUCCCCUCUCUCCACGAAUUCAUAUCCCUCAAUCCUCACCAAGCUUCAUCCAUUUCCGCCAUUCUCUGUACCACUCUCUACCCUGUCAAUGCCGAUGUUAUCCGACUUCUCCCCUCCCUUCGUCUCAUAUGCGCCUCCAGCGCUGGAACUAAUCACAUUGAUCUCUCCGAGUGUCGCCGUCGGGGAAUCAAGGUCACCAGCGCUGGAAAUCUUUUUUCAGAGGAAGUUGCUGAUAUGGCUGUUGCUUUGCUGAUUGAUGUCAGUAGGAAAAUAUCAACGGCGGAUCGGUUCUUGAGAAGACAGGUUCAGAAUCAGUUUGCCACUUGGGAUUUUCCACUUGGUUCUAAGUUAACAGGGAAAAAGAUUGGAAUUGUUGGUAUGGGAAGAAUUGGCUUAGAAGUUGCAAAGAGGCUUGAAGCAUUCAAUUGCAUGAUAUCAUACAAUUCUAGGAACAAAAAACCAUUACUUUCAUACCCUUUCUAUUCAAGUGUCUUAGAACUUGCCACUAACACCAAUGUGCUUAUUCUCUGUUGUGACUUGAAUGACCAAACAAAGUACAUUGUCAACAAAGAAGUCAUUUUGGCAUUGGGAAAAGGAGGAAUUAUAGUAAAUGUUGGAAGAGGUGCUCUCAUUGAUGAAAAGGAAUUGUUAAAGUGUUUGAUUGAAGGUGAAAUUGGAGGUGCUGGUUUGGAUGUGUUUGAGAAUGAACCAAAUGUUCCUAAAGAAUUUUUUUCAUUGGAUAAUGUUGUUUUGUCACCACAUGCAGCUAUCUUAACUUCAGAUACUUUUAUGAGCAUUUGCCAACUUGUGGAACAGAAUUUAGAAGCUUUCUUUUCAAAUAAGCCUCUGAUUACUCCAGUUAUAUAGUUGAUUGAAUUUGUGUUUGGAAAUCUCAUUUUCCAUUGUAACAUUCCAUGUUCUGGUAAAAGCUACACCUUUUAGCUUCAAAGUCAUCGUUCGUUCCUUCAUCUCACUAUGUUGCCAAAGAGACUAUGCAUUGUUUAUUCACAUUCUUUGUUGAAUACUUUUGAACCUGUUUGUUCUUUGGAUGUUUUGAAGUUUGUGGUGAUCAAUAUGCGCUACCAGUUUAAGAGAGGCUAAUAAGAAUGUUUGUUCAUAGUUUAUUAAGUAUCAAAUUUCUCUCUUAAAAAAAAAAAGAUCAAAUGUCUAGUUAUUUUCAUAUUUUUAGUGAUCAAUAAGCUCUAUAAAUAAAAUGAUUGUAUCAUUUUCUCUAUCUUUCAACAGAG